CUCUCAUGAAUGGCGGAUCAUGUUUAAUGAUAUAUGUGACUGUUUAUCUACGCAGCAACAAGUUUGUUAUAAAUAGUGACUUUAACCGUGCAUUACGAACCGUUUUAAAAAAUGUGUAGCAACGAAAACACCACCAAUCAACAGACGCCAAAGUUACCUAUCCGUUUCACUUUAGAUGGAAAUAUUCCAAGAGCCAUCUUUCCUAUAGAUCAUUAUAAGCUGCAGCUAUACCAAUACGCAGUCGCUGAACGAUUGAGGUAUCCGUUGAUAAACCCCUUUCCAUCUACUUUGACUUGCUACCCCCUGUUACCAAGAGCUUUACAACCAGAAGAACCAAAACCACAACAUAGCUACAUAGGAUUAAUAGCAAUGGCGAUAUUGAGCUCUCCAGAUUGCAAAUUGGUUUUAUCCGAUAUUUACCAGCAUAUUCUAGAUCAUUACCCGUAUUUUAGAACCAGAGGACCUGGCUGGAGGAAUUCUAUUAGACACAAUUUAUCUUUGAACGAUUGUUUUAUCAAAGCAGGAAGAAGUGCUAACGGUAAAGGCCACUAUUGGGCUAUACAUCCUGCUAAUGUAGAUGAUUUUCGUAAAGGAGAUUUUAGACGACGUAAAGCUCAAAGAAAAGUGAGAAAACACAUGGGGUUAGCAGUUGAUGAGGACGGUGCGGAUUCUCCUAGUCCACCACCUCUUUCUGUUAGUCCUCCAGUUGUUCCAGGACCAUCAACUUCGGUGUUUCCUAUUGUUUCAACUAGAAACACAACGAGAAAGAGACAGUUUGACGUGGAAUCGCUUCUAGCACCAGAUUCAGGGGAAGAAACAACUGAAGAAGACAUCGAUGUCGUAUCCAACGAUCAACAAGAAAAGUCUGAAAAUAAACAGCAAUGGCCUAUGUUCCCGAUAGUUGAUUAUUAUCAAGCUUUUUUAAACACAACCCCGAUAGGACCAUUAAAGUCAGAACCCGCAGAAAAUUCGAAUACAUAA